AUGGCUAACGACUCAAAGUCUAAGAAAAUUACAGAAGGUGAAGCCGAUUUAUAUUUAGACCAAUAUAAUUUCACUACCACUGCUGCUAUUGUAGGUUCUGUGGAUCGUAAAGUAUUUGUAUUAUUGCGUGAUGGUCGUAUGCUUUUUGGGGUCCUAAGAACUUUUGAUCAAUACGCUAAUUUAAUACUACAACAUUGUGUGGAGAGAAUAUAUCUAACCAAAGAAAAUCAAUAUUCUGAAGAAAGCCGUGGUGUAUUCAUGAUCAGAGGUGAAAAUGUAGUCAUGUUAGGUGAAGUAGAUAUCGAUAAAGAAGAUGCACCUUUAGAAAAUAUGGAAUUUAUACCUUGGAGAGAUGCCCAAAAGAUUAGAGAAGCUCAAAAUGAGAAUAGGUUUAAAUUAGAAGUGAAAAAAGGUAGAGAAUUGGCAAGAUAUGGUUUGAUCCACGAAUUUCAUAAGUCUGAUAUGUAUUGA